AAAAAGAAAAUUAAAAAGAAAAUAAGAGUUUUGUUAUGACAGUGACAAACAACAUUCUAGUAUUAUUCUGUAUUUUGUUGAAGGUUGUCGGUUGGGUAAUGAUAUUAUACUUUGUGCUGUAACAAUUGCAGAAAGUCCACGUUGAACGAUUAAUUAAUUUAGAUAUCGCAGAAAUUAAGGAAUUAAUUAAGUAAAUUAACGAGCCGUUUUAUUUCAAAUAUAUUACUUAGAUUUACAAAAGAAUAAUGAGUGAAGAUAAGAGCGUUAUACUCGUCACCGGUGGUUCAGGGCUAGUGGGACGAGCAAUAAGGACUGUUAUAGAAGAAGAGAGAAAAUUAGACAGUAAACUUGUUAGAAAUGAGACUUGGAUUUUUUGUGGCUCCAACGAUGGGGAUUUGAGAGAUAAAGCCCAAACUGAGGCAUUGUUUGAAAAACACAGACCAACUCAUGUAAUACAUUUAGCGGCCAUGGUAGGAGGCCUAUUUCACAACAUGGCUCAUAAUUUGGAUUUCUUUAGAGAAAACAUGUCUAUAAAUGAUAAUGUUUUGAACGUGAGCUACAAUUAUAAAGUUAAAAAAGUAGUGUCCUGUCUCUCGACAUGCAUAUUCCCUGAUAAGGUCACCUAUCCCAUUGAUGAGACUAUGAUACACAAUGGUCCACCCCAUCCAUCCAACUAUGGCUACAGUUAUGCAAAGAGGAUGGUUGAUAUUCUGAACAGAGGGUAUCACUCUCAACACGGUUGCAUGUUCACAUCAGUGAUACCAUGUAAUGUUUUUGGACCUCAUGAUAACUUUUCUCUGGAGUCGAGUCAUGUCAUCCCUGCCUUGAUACGGAGAAUGGAUGAUACUAUUAAAAAGGGUGAGCCAACCUUCACUGUACUGGGGAGUGGAAAACCGUUGCGCCAGUUUAUCUAUUCCCUGGACCUGGCCAAACUGUUUGUGUGGGUGUUGAGGAAUUACAAUAGCGUGGAACCAAUCAUCUUGUCAGUUGAUGAAGAAGAUGAAGUUACGAUCAGUCGAGUGGCGGAGGCGAUAAAGGAAGCUCACGGUUAUCAAGGAGAGAUUGUAUAUGACACAAGCAAGGCGGACGGACAGCAUAAGAAAACAGCUUCAAACAUGAAACUGAGAUCGCUGUACAAAGAAUUCAACUUCACACCUUUUGAUAAAGCUAUUAAGGAUACGGUUGUCUGGUUCAGGGACAACCGAGACCGAGCUCGGUUAUAGAUAGUGUAGUAACACACAUCACAGGGUCUCCGUCUUGGUGGUGUCUUUAUUACAGAAUAUACAUAUGUCAACAUGCGGAUAGUGAGGAUUGUUUAAGUGUAAUUAUUAUAAUCAACUGAUCACAGAGUAUUUAUGUCAUUGUUAUUUUAAUAAAAUUAAAGUCUUGUCAUAAUUAA